CCGUCUCCUCCCCGCGGCUCCGUCUGCAGCCGCGGCCGCAGCCCAGCUCCGGGGCUGACAAGCAGGUGACAGAAGAGCCGGCGCGCGUGGCUGCGAGUGCCCGGGAGAGCGCGGCGCGGACUGCAGCCGCCCCGGCCCGCCAGCACGACGCCGGGGCCCGGGGCCAGCGCGUCGCCGCUGCACGCUCGCCGGGGGCAACCGGCGGCCCCAGCCGCAGCCCCGACCCCGCGGGAGCCGCGCCUCCCCGGCUCCGGGGACGCGGCGGCGGCGGCGAGCGGGCGGGCGGGCGGGCGGGCGAGCACCCUGGCCGGCGGGGCCCGCAGCGCGCCCUGCGUCCCAUGGAUAUAGCAACAGGUCCCGAGUCGCUGGAAAGGUGCUUCCCCCGCGGGCAGACGGACUGCGCCAAGAUGUUGGACGGCAUCAAGAUGGAGGAGCACGCCCUGCGCCCCGGACCCGCCACUCUGGGGGUGCUGCUGGGCUCCGACUGCCCGCAUCCCGCCGUCUGCGAGGGCUGCCAGCGGCCCAUCUCCGACCGCUUCCUGAUGCGAGUCAACGAGUCGUCCUGGCACGAGGAGUGUUUGCAGUGCGCGGCGUGUCAGCAAGCCCUCACCACCAGCUGCUACUUCCGGGAUCGGAAACUGUACUGCAAACAAGACUACCAACAGCUCUUCGCGGCCAAGUGCAGCGGCUGCAUGGAGAAGAUCGCCCCCACCGAGUUUGUGAUGCGGGCGCUGGAGUGCGUGUACCACCUGGGCUGCUUCUGCUGCUGCGUCUGUGAGCGGCAGCUCCGCAAGGGCGAUGAGUUCGUGCUCAAGGAGGGCCAGCUGCUGUGCAAGGGCGACUACGAGAAGGAGAAGGACCUGCUCAGCUCUGUGAGCCCCGAUGAGUCUGACUCCGUGAAGAGUGAGGACGAGGAUGGGGACAUGAAGCCUGCCAAGGGGCAGGGCGGCCAGAGCAAGGGCAGCGGGGAUGACGGGAAGGACCCCCGGAGGCCCAAGCGACCCCGCACCAUCCUCACAACGCAGCAGCGAAGAGCCUUCAAGGCCUCCUUCGAGGUCUCCUCCAAGCCCUGCCGGAAGGUCCGCGAGACACUGGCAGCAGAGACAGGCCUCAGCGUGCGCGUGGUCCAGGUCUGGUUUCAGAACCAAAGAGCCAAGAUGAAGAAGUUGGCACGGCGGCACCAGCAGCAGCAGGAGCAGCAGAACUCUCAGCGGCUGGGCCAAGAGGUCCUGUCGAGCCGCAUGGAGGGCAUGAUGGCCUCCUACACGCCGCUGGCCCCGCCCCAGCAGCAGAUCGUGGCCAUGGAGCAGAGCCCCUAUGGCAGCAGCGACCCCUUCCAGCAGGGCCUCACGCCACCCCAAAUGCCAGGUGACCACAUGAACCCCUAUGGGAACGACUCCAUCUUCCACGACAUCGACAGCGAUACCUCCUUAACCAGCCUCAGCGACUGCUUCCUCGGCUCCUCCGACGUGGGUUCCCUGCAGGCCCGCGUGGGGAACCCCAUCGACCGGCUCUACUCCAUGCAGAGUUCCUACUUCGCCUCCUGAGAGCCAGCUGGCCGCACGGACACUGGGGCUCGGGUCCUGGGGUGGGACCGCGGACCACAGCGGCCAGCCCCACCCUCCUGGCCCCGCCACCCGCACAGACUCUACCGACAGCCAUAUGGUGCCCUCCCCUCGGCCAGCCGGGCCUGGCUGAAGUGCCCGCUGGGCACAGCCGGACAGGCAGUUGAGCACAGCCUGCGCAGGGCUGUGUCCUGCCCACACAGACCGUGUCACCCCCAGGGACCCAGAGCUCUCGGACAGCCACUCGCCUCCUCGCCCCACCUCGGCCUCCAUCGCCUCCUCUGUCCCCAUCUUUUUUGGGAAGCUUAAAUUCUCUCUAUUUUUUUAACAUCCUCUCUGUGUCCCGCCAAGCUCCAUGGCCCAGGCUUAGGCCAAGGCAGCGCCCCGUGCAGGCCCCAGGAUGAUUCGCGCGAGGCCUGUUACCUGUGAGAAACUACCGUACCCUGUGCGGGCGCCCGCCCCCCCCCCACCCCCACCCCCACCUCUGAGGGCAGGCCUGGGGCCGAGGGUCACCCCUCCCAGCCAGAGCAGGGGCAGAGGUGGGGAGGAGCCAGCCAGGUGCCAGGCCCACCAUGGCUCUGCCCUGGGGGGAGUCACUGGGGAGGGAAGACGGAGCCAGGCAGACCUGAGGGCCAGAGACACACGUGCAGAUGCGCACACACUAACGGCACACGUGCGGAUAUGCACAGAGACGUAGAGACACUGAAGGAGACAGCGGCUUCUGCGGAGCAGUCCUGCCUGGUCAGGAAGGGGAGAGAGGCCAGGCUGGGAGGGAGCCCCUCCUCAUAUAGUGAAAGGAGAGGAAGCGGGGAGUCGGGGGGAGGAGGGGAGAGGAUGGGGGCCUCCUCAGCCCAGAAGGAGGCUGGUCUCCUGAGCACACAGGGCGGCCACCAGCCAGCUCCAAGGGCAGAGACAGAGCUUAGAACCAGGCAGAGCUGGGCAAAAUGGCAGAACCUCCAGGCGGGAAGGACCUCACAAGUGACAGGAGCCCAGCCAGCUGCCCUUUUCUGCUGAUCUUACCUCCGCCUUUUUCAGCCCCGAGUCCUUGCUUCUCCAAGCCAGGCUUUUCCAGUUUCCUCCGCUCUUCCUCUUAAAACUGUCCCCACAGCUGGGCUCCAGCUUUCCUUCUAAAGGCGUGGAGUACAGAUAGCCCAGUCUUCCCACGGACAUCCGCCAGCCAAAGUGUGCAGGCCCUUCACCUCCCCAGUGUUCGGUGCCCUGCCUUUGUUAAUGUGGCCCGAGAUCCAGUGAAUGGUUUAGGCCGCAUAAACUUGGAAACUCGCCCUGCCCUUCUGUAAGUGAAUCCAGGGACCAUCACACACAGGAGAGCUCAGCCCCCUCUCUCUUCUCUGUGUGGGGGGGCAGGGGGAGGAUUUGGACCCUCAGGGCCUCUCCCUGUUUGGCGUUGGCCCAUUAACCAGCCCUUCUUGGGUGAUGCAUUCCUACUGCACCUCCAGCCCUGUUUGGGAGCUGCUGGAAGCCAAAUACACUAUGUCAGCCCCCACCCUCAGUGCACGCAACUCUAACCCCGCCAAAGGGGAAGUGAGGUCAGGCUGAUGGUCCCUACGCUCAUUGACCCCUGGACGUCCCCGUGUCCUCAGCCAGGUGCUCACAGCCCUGCCCUUAAUUCUGACUCAGAGCCCUAGGCUGCCACCCAGAGGUCUGCUUGUCCGGCCUUUGCACAAAUGGGACGAUGGUUGACUGUCUUUGGGCUGCUCUUCCUGGCCCUCUCGGGGAUCCUCACUGUUCCCCAAGCUGCUCUGUGGUUUUGCUCCUCUGUCAGCAGGGGAAACCUCAGCCUUUCCGAGACCUGGGCCCAUCUCCCACCCCUGCUGGCUCCUGUGUGCAAACCUAACCCGGCUCUCUCCAGGGCAGCUGGCCGAGGGGGACCAGGCGCCGCCCCCGCCCCCCCCUCGUGCUAAGCAGCCAGCCUGGCCCUUGUGGGCUCAUGCUCCACACAGAACUUCCCUGGGGGCCUCAGUUGAUGGCCGCGGUCCAUCUGCAGCCUCAGCCUUCCUCUCUUAUCUCCUGGUCCCGGCAGCCAUGCUGGUUUCUGGAGAGAUGCCGCCCUUUCUCCUUCUGCAUCCACACAGUCUGACAAUGGCGGGGGCGCUUGGGCAGGGCCAGGCGUGGAGGCCCUUGGGACACCUGCCCUUCUCUCCCAGGCUCUAAGUUGGAAGGAACCUCAGGAAUGGGUCAUCUUGUCCAGCCCCUCCCCCUGGGAGAGGGGAGAGGACCCACCAGCCCCCUGACAACCAGUCAGUGACAGCCAGAGCUGAGCCCAGGGUCAGACUUACUCUGCCCAGCCCUGGGCCAGAGGUGGGGACACAGAUGAGCAUGAUGUAGGGCCCACCUACAUGGAGAUGUAGGGGUCUCUCUCCUGAAGAGGCGUACACACUCUGUCCCAGACCUUGUUGGGGACCCAUUUCUCAGAUGAGGAACCUGAGGCCCAAAGAAGGGAGGCAAGUGCUCAGGGUCACCCAGCAGAAGCACACAGCACCGGCAGGCUCGCUGGGGCCUGGGGCAGGCCGAGGGGAGCAGGCUCUUCCCGCUGCAUGGGUGGAAGUGCAGCCUUGACAUGGGGGGCAGUGAGUAGUCAGGACCCCCGUCCCCUCCAGGGUGAGGGACCAUCAUCACUGUGGGGGUGGGGUGGGGAGGGGGAAGCCCGAGGGAAGAGAGAAGUAAGAAUCUGGUCUCUGGAGGAAGAGGCAGGAAGUGAGUGGCGGGCAGGCAGGAGACUGCUGGGGAAGUUGAGACUCAGAGAGAAGAAGGAAUCUAUCCCAGGUGACAGCGAGUGAGGGCAGAGGAGGGACAAUGAGGUGGGCUAGUGCCACCAGCCAGAGCCUCGUCUGCCUUCUCCAUGGACAGAGGGACCCAGUGGUUCCCAGGGUCAGACCCGGGGUCCCACAGAGCCUGUAAGAGAAGGGGUUGGUGCAAGUGGGUUAGCCAUCCCGGAAGGCUUCCUGGAGGAGGUGGAGGUGGGGGCUGCAGAUCAGCAGGAUCAGGCCCACAGCAUGAGGCCGGGGCAGCCUCUUCUCCUUUAGGGGCUCACCUGCCUUGCCCACUCCCCUGGAGCUGGCGGCCCUCACUUCACACACACACAACCUUGGAGGAGGGAGAGCUGGCCGAGCCCUGCCUGGCCCCACCUGAGCUCUGGGCACUACCCGGGGUGAGGAUCUCACCUCCCGCCUGGGAGAACCCACAGCUCUGGGGCUCACUGUGCCCUGUGGGGAAGGAGUCUACGCUCACGCACGCACAUGGACACGCACACUCACACCCGGACGCACAUGGAGGCUCACAGGCCCACACUCCCGGGCACACACAGCCUGGGGGCUGGGGAGCAGGAGGACCGACCCUCCAGCCUGUGGCCCUUGGGAGGGGCCAUUUCCAAUGAGCCUCUUUGCUGGUGCCCCCCACCCCACUGGGGUUCCCCCAGGAGCCCAGCCUAGCUGGGUGUGGGAACCGGGCCACUGGCCAUUCCUCUGUUUUCCUUGUACAGACUCUCACUGCCCACCCACCAUCCCCAGACACAUUUUAUUUAAUAACUUGUCAUUGUUAAAUUAUUUAUUAGCGUUUACCACAUCACCAGCCCCACCCUGCCCUCCACUCUCACCUUCCGCUCUCCCCACAAAAGCAGAAAAUGGAAACAACAACAACAAAAAUGAGACAUCAGUAUAUUUGUAAAUAAACCAACCUGUA